AAUUUUUUCUUCUUCCUUAAAAACCUACACUGAGCUCUCACACUUUGUACGCACUACGCUACUUCGGACAUGGCGGCCAGAGCUUUCAAAGCCCCUGAAAUCGAUCUCUUUUCACACCCAUUAUUCUCCUCUGCUUCAAAAUCACGCUCCCUUAAAACCCCAGCUCUUGCUUUCCCUCCUUCUAACCCCAAAAUUAAAAAAUCAAUAUGUCUCAGUUCAUCUUCUACCAUCAGUACCAGUGUCAGUGCCGUUACCCCGGCUGAGUUCCGCGUCGACAUUCUCUCUGAGUCGCUUCCCUUUAUUCAAAAAUUCCGUGGAAAAACCAUCGUCGUCAAAUUCGGCGGCGCUGCCAUGAAGCCAAACCAAAGCGAGAAGAAUCUCCUGGCUUCCUUCGUGAAAGACAUUGUCCUCCUCUCCGUUGUCGGUCUCCGUCCUGUCCUCGUCCAUGGAGGCGGCCCCGAGAUCAAUUCCUGGCUCAAACGCUUCGGAAUAGAGCCGCAAUUUCGUGACGGCCUCCGUGUCACUGACGCCAACACCAUGGAAAUCGUCUCAAUGGUGUUAGUCGGCAAGGUGAACAAAAACCUAGUCUCUCAAAUCAACAAGGCCGGCGCCACAGCCGUGGGGCUCUCCGGCAUGGACGGCCGGCUCUUCAUGGCCCGCCCCAGCCCGAACGCCGCCCAAUUAGGUUUCGUCGGCGAAGUGGCCCGCGUUGACCCCACUGUGAUCGAGCCGUUGGUGAAGAACGGGCAUAUCCCAGUGAUCGCCUCGGUGGCGGCAGACGAGCUGGGGCAAUCUUAUAACAUCAAUGCGGACACUGUGGCGGGGGAGUUGGCGGCCGCGUUGGGCGCGGAGAAGCUGAUUCUGUUGACAGACGUGGCGGGAAUUCUAGAGAACAAAGAGGACCCGGCAAGUUUAGUGAAAGAGAUUGACAUAAAAGGGGUAAAGAAAAUGAUCGAGAAGGGGACUGUGGGUGGAGGAAUGAUUCCGAAAGUGAAUUGCUGCGUGAGGUCACUGGCUCAGGGGGUUAAAACGGCGAGUAUCAUUGAUGGGCGACUUGAACACUCUUUGCUUCUUGAGAUUUUGACCGAUCAAGGCGCCGGAACCAUGAUUACUGGCUAAGUUAUUCAUGUUUUCUGUAACAUUUUUCUUGCAUUAGAUACCAAUUUCAAUGGGGCAACUUAAUGCAAUAAAAUAAAAAUGCUCUCUUGGUUCUCUGAAUUUGUGGCCAAGGUUGAAUGUUUUGAUUAGCUUGUGAGUGUGGGGAAAUAGAGGGUGAUGAUGGCUACUUUCAGGAACAUCUCUGAUUCUGAGCUGCUGGAGCUGAAGCUAUAGAGCAGCCAAUGCAACAUAAUGUAGUAUGCAAUGAUAAACAGAAUUUACAGUAAUGUCAAACUAUAUGGAACAUGAUUUGUGGAUAUCAAAGG